UCUGACUGAAUGUGUCAGUUUGUACGCGCGCGAGUGUAUCCGCGUAAGUGGCGCCAAAAUUUGGAAUUCCAACUUCCGUCGAUGAUAUAGACGGCGGGCGCCAUGGUGCUGUUACGAAGUAGCUCAGGGGCCCCUGCGCCCACUUACCGUGAGACGGACUCGCUGUUGGACAGCAGCUCCGAGUUCCUGUCCCUGCAGUCUCCGUCAAGAAGGCGUCUCAGGAGCUCGGAUAGGCUGCGGAGCGAGAAUCAGUGCAAUGGUACCAGGCGGGACAGUGAUGGUCCCUUUUCGGAAGAUGACGACCACAGCGCACGGCCCUUAAGAAAGACAAAACCAGAAAAUGGUCAAAACUAUUCAGACUCGAGUAUGGAAAAGAAAAACACACACGAGAACAAUACGGAAGGCAAAAUAUUUACUAGGAGGCUGGCUAGGCUUCAAGCAGAUACAAGUCUGGAUGGAGUUUGCAAACAAGAUGAACUCGUAGCAGAUGGCAAACAAUUACAGAGAACAAGAAAUGCAGAGAAAACCAGCGGUUGUGAAGAAAAUGGUGAUGUUGAGGUCCGUAGAAGUGGCAGAAUCAGAAGAAGUCUCUACAGCACCACCAAUCAGUCUGUGCUGUUCGACAAACUGAUAACAAACACCGCCGAAGCUGUUUUACAGAAAAUGGACGACAUGAAGAAAAUGCGUCGCCGCCGUAUGCGGGAACUUGAUGACCUGGGGGUCUACAAUGAUACUGAAGAGGAAAAUACCGAUAUGUAUUCCCGGGUUAAGAGAAAGCGUGGUGUUCAACGACUUGAAGAAGAAACUACAGAUAAUCAAGAGGAAAGUGAAGAAUCUUCUGAGGAAGGCGAAGGCCAAGACGAUGAUGAUGAUGAAGAUGAUGGCGAUGACGACGAUGGAGAGGAAGAUAACCAAAAACGAUAUGAGUUGCGACAGAGGAAAGCUGUGGUGCCUUAUCAGGCUCCUUUAGCAGAACCAAGGCACCAUAAAAAACAAGGCAUGUUUUACACCAACACAUCCUCUCCAGUGAGGCGACGGUAUCGCUUUGGUUCCGGGGGGCCGCGAAGCCCAUACUGCAACAGACGCCUUACCAGAAGGAGACACGCUAUUCAUAGCAGUGAUUCCACAUCUUCCUCCUCAUCGUCUGAUGAUGAAGAACAUUUUGAAAGGCGACUUAGUCGUAGCCGAAAAAGAGCAAUAAGCAGGUGCCUUCCUUUCAAUAUGGCAAGAGAUGAUCUGAAGGGAAUUCACAAAGACCGGAUGAAAAUUGGAGCUAGCUUGGCAGAUGUUGACCCGAUGCAAAUAGAUAAAUCUGUGAGAUUCAGCAAUGUUGGAGGACUUUCUAAACACAUUGAUGCUCUUAAGGAGAUGGUGGUGUUCCCAUUGCUGUAUCCUGAAAUCUUUGAUAGAUUUAAAAUACAGCCUCCCAGAGGCUGUCUGUUCUAUGGCCCCCCUGGUACUGGUAAAACAUUGGUGGCCAGGGCUUUGGCCAAUGAAUGCAGCGUUGGUGACAGGCGAGUGGCUUUCUUUAUGAGAAAGGGCGCAGACUGUUUAAGCAAAUGGGUUGGAGAGUCAGAGAGACAACUGCGGCUACUCUUUGAUCAAGCCUAUCAGAUGCGCCCUUCAAUUAUUUUCUUUGACGAGAUUGAUGGUUUAGCUCCUGUCAGAUCCAGCAGACAAGAUCAGAUACACAGCUCGAUUGUUUCUACACUCUUGGCUCUAAUGGACGGUUUGGAUAGUAGAGGAGAGAUUGUUGUCAUUGGAGCAACCAACAGACUGGAUUCCAUUGAUCCUGCUUUGAGGCGACCUGGGCGCUUUGACAGAGAAUUCCUUUUUGGAUUGCCUGACAGAGAUGCAAGAAUGGAGAUUCUCAAAAUUCACACUAAUGAAUGGAAUCCAAAACCGUCUGACGUUUUUUUGGAAGAACUGGCAGAAAUGUGUGUUGGAUACUGUGGGGCGGAUCUGAAGUCUGUAUGUGCUGAAGCCGCUCUCUGCGCUGUGAGACGUCGCUAUCCUCAGAUUUAUACGACAUCUGACAAAUUACAGUUGGAUGUGUCUUCCAUUAAAAUCACCGCCGGAGACUUUGCGGCAGCCAUAAAAAGAACAGUUCCAGCGUCGCAAAGAGCUGUGGUCUCCCCCGGACAAGCUCUUUCACCGAUAAGCCAACUGCUGCUUCAGAGCACACUUCAGAACAUCUUGGAAGUAUUAAAAAAAGUUUUCCCGCAUGCUGAUGAAGUACUCAAGAAGAAAAGAAAAGACUCCGAGCUUUCAAGUCAGCUGCCAGAUGACCUGUUGGAUGGUGAUGAUGGACCAUCUGUGUUUGCUGCUGAGCUGCCUCAGAGACAAGCAAGCAAGCAGAAGCAUCCCUUCCUCCACUUUAACAUAGAUGCCCAUCGGCAGCCAACUUCUUUCAGACCCAGGCUACUGAUAGCUGGCAAACCUGGACUUGGCCAGGGGUCCCACUUGGCUCCUGCGGUUAUACAUGCGCUAGAAAAAUUCACGGUCUACUCAUUAGAUCUGGCAGUCCUUCUGGGUUCCAGCAUAACAUCCCCUGAAGAGUCAUGCGCGCAGGUUUUCCGUGAAGCAAAAAGAACACCUCCGAGCAUCGUAUACGUUCCGCAUAUACAUUUGUGGUGGGAGACGGUUAGUUACACCCUGAAGGCAACAUUCAUAAGUUUGCUUCACAACAUUCCAUCUUUCUCACCGAUCCUUCUGCUGGCCACCUGCGAUAUGGACUAUUGUGACCUGCCACAAGAGAUUCAGCACCUGUUUGUGGAGGAUUAUGGUGAGGUAUUUCAAGUUCAGCCUCCACGCAAGAAUGAAAGGAAAGCUUUCUUUUCGGAUCUCAUCUUGAACCAACCCACCAAACCGCCGGUUUCUAAAAAGAAAGCAAUGUUGCGGACCCUUGAGGUUUUGCCUUUGGCUCCCCCGCCUGAGCCACGCGCAUUGACCCCCGAAGAGCUGAAGCGAUUGGAGGAGCAGGAGGAAGACCACUUUCGCGAGCUUAGACUCUUCCUGAGAGAUGUUACAAACAGGCUUGCUAUCGAUAAGAGAUUUAGAGCGUUCACAAAGCCUGUUGACCCCGAAGAGGUUCCUGACUAUGCGACUGUUAUCGAACAACCGAUGGAUCUCUCAACUGUUAUAAGUAAAAUUGAUCUACACAAGUAUCAGACCGUGAAAGAAUAUUUAAAAGACAUUGAUCUAAUAUGCAGCAAUGCUCUGGAGUAUAAUCCAGACAAGGAUCCUGGAGAUCGUUUGAUCCGACAUAGGGCAUGCGCGCUCAAAGACACCACUUAUGCCAUAAUAAAAAAGGAGCUGGAUGAGGAAUUUGAGAAGCAGUGUGAAGAAAUACAGGAAUCCCGCAAUAAGAGAGGAUUUUCAGCUUCAAAAUAUGCUCCAUCUUAUUACCAUGUACUCCGUAAACAAAAGAAUCUUCAGAAUGGAGAGAAAGGUGAAGCGGAUCCGUCUGGGAAAGAAAGCAUGUCUGGUGUUCCAUUAGCUGUGAGCACACCAACUACAGUUAAAACAAAGAAGAAAUGUAAGAGGAAAUCCCGUUGGAGUUCUGGCAUAUUUGCGAAGAAGAGGUUUUCGCCGUGUCUCAACAAUGAUGAGGCCGAACUGAAUGAGGACUCUUCAAUGGACGCAGAUGAUGAUAACCACGUUCCAGGCGAUCCCAUGAGUUCCCCUGUGAGCGCAGCCAAAGAUAAUGUAACACCUACUGACAAUGUCAGGACUUCAGAACCCAUGGUGUCUGGAGAAACUACAAAACAAAGUGAGGAGAACAAGGAUACCCAAGAGUCGGAGGAUUUGUGCAUUGUGGAUAAGCAGAAGCUUCAGGAACUUCUUACUAAAAUUGUAAAAAUAACCAAAGGAAACAACGUAUCCCAACUUGAAAAGCUGUAUUCUUCCAUCUGUCAGUGUCUUUACAGACAUCGUGAGGAUUAUGACAAAACUCUGCUACUAAAGGAAAUGGAAGAGGAAAUUGAAAAAAUCAGUAAUAUUUGAUGGCUAUAAUUGAUGGAAAUGGGGAGAAAGGGGGGCUUAUUUUAAAAAUAAAAUAUCUAAACUUUGUGGUGA